AAAAGAAAAAAUCGAAGAAAGUCGAGCUGGUCGUCAAAAACAGGAAACAAGCGGACCCCAUUGGGUCGUUGACCCACAGGCACGAGCUGCUCCACUUCUUUGCGUGUCACUCGACCAGGGGGAAACACCAACCGCGGGCGAGAGAGCGCCCUCUCAUGAUCUGGUAGCCUUCGCCUUUCCCCAGGCUCCGGCCAGAUGUCGUGACCGAACCGCCCAGUUCGUGUGCCGGACGCAAUCUGCAAUCUGCCAUCGAACAGGGCGACUCGGCGCGGUGUGGCAAUCCGCGCGACGAGCGCGUCAAAACGGACACCAGCCUUUCUCUCAUGGCCUGCGCCGCGCCCCCAAUUCCAGCAAAACCGGCUAGGAACCCUAGGAUUCCUCCUUAAUACCUCAGCUCCGAGAAGCGACCAGGGGACAGGGGACCAUCGCGGGCACCCGACGCAGCGAGGGCUUGGGUGGAAACAGGCCCCAGGUCGCCCAGUAUCAUCGCGCACCCCGUCCAGCUCCGCUUCAACCACCUUCUGCGACAGCCCCGUUUCCUCCACCACCCUCACCCUCACUCGGCUUUUGAGUGGGUUUCCACCCUUUCCUCCUCUUCCCCCCCGAAGAAACAUCCUGACUAAACGGUGCCUGGCUGAUCACCCUUCACACCACCUUGACCAGGGGGCAGGACUCGCAUUGGGCAUUUUCAGCCUAGUGAUUUUCCUUCCCGCCUCUCACUCCGCCACACACACUCUAUCUCUCUGUCUCUCUCGUUUGCCGGGCCUUACCCCAUUCAAGCCCUUUCCCUUUCUUUCCAACGGCCAACUGUGUUGAGCGACUCUAUCGCCGCUUUCGACCUACUCUGGUGUGAGAUCGAGCUGAGAAUAGCACUCGGAGAGCUUGCCCAUCUCUGUCCCCUUUCUCACUAACCUUCUUUGUUCUCUCUGUCUUUGUUGCUGCUGGAUUUGGCUGCGGACCCUCCGCUUUUAUUCUCCUCAUCGCGAACCCUCGUUUGUUUUGCCUCACAUUCCUUUCCAUCCGCACCAUCAGAGACAUGUUGUUGCAGUGAUCUACCAGCCCAUUGGUUGACGCAUCCCGCGCUCGCGUCUUCGCUGCUGUAUCUCGACCCAACAACACUCGACUUUACGUUUUUGACGCCUGCGACACGACGGCGGAAUCGAGAGGCCCAAGAUGCCGGUUCCUCGGCCUCCUGUCCCUUUGACGGACGUCUGCUCCGUCGUGUACAACAACACUUUGUACACUUACUCGGCCGGCGCCUUCCAGUCCUUGGCCCUCGAGCCCGGGGCAGAGUGGAAGAAAUUGACAAGUGGCGUGUCUGUCACUGGUGCCGCUUGCGUCGGCUCGACUCCUGUCGCUCCGCGAGAGCCCGGAUUCUUUGUGGUCGGUGGCAAAGGCCCGGACGACUACCAGGGUCUUCAGAAAUUCACCUACUCGACGGGGAAAUGGGAGACCUUUGCUCCCACGUCUGGCGAUGUCAAGAAUAGGAUGUGGCAUGGCGCCGCAUACAUUAACAGCACCGAUGCGAUCCUCGUUUACGCCGGCACCCAGGACGGAUCCAAGCACUCCUCAACGCAGACUUUCACGGUCGGCGCCUCGGCGCCCUACGAUGUUCUCUCGAAGCCUUUCACUGGCCCCCCGCCCGCAACGAACCCGAUUAUCCUCCCAUGGUCCGACCGUGAGGCCGCCCUCAUUGGGGGUAGCGACUCGAAUAAUCAGGUCAUGCUGUUCAGCACAGAGACUGGCUGGAUGGACUCGGGAGCAUCGCUGGCAACGCCCUUGAACUCAGCCGUCCGCGCGGUGGUUGUCACCGGGGAUGAUGGCAGCAAGAGCCUGUACACGUUCGACAUGUCUCAAUCGCCGAACCAGGUCACGCGCACUGUUUUAAUCAACGGCCAGAAGAAACCUGUGGCCAAGUCACUGCCAGUCACUGCCAGGUCCUUUGAUGAUAUCGAGCCGGUCAAUGGUCUUCUUGAGAAGAGGCUCACAUCCGACCAGUGGCCCAAGUACAACGCGACGAAUGCCCCCAAGGCCACAAGGACCAACUACACUGUUGCUCAAGAUGCCAACGGCCGGGUUAUCGUUGCAGGCGGCAGCGACGUGGACGCGCUUUGCGUGUUCGACGGUCGGGAAAACAAGUGGUUGGACGCCUCGGUUCUGUUCAACGUUGCUGAAGACACCUCCCAAACCACAGACUUUACUUCAUCGUCUCUAUCUACCACCCCCAGUGCCACCGCGACGUCGACCGUGUCGUCAUCUAGCACUCUCGCCAGCUCCUCCAUGUCGCCUACCUCUCUAACAACAUCACCUGCGUCAUCUGCAACAUCCACACCGACCGGCGCGGCUGCCCCUGUGGGAGCCGGGGCUGACUCGUCUGCUCAAUCAUCCUCGUCGAACCCGCCUAUCAAUGCUAUCCUGGGGGCCGUGCUUGGCACGACCGCAAUGGUUCUCCUGCUGCUUGGAAUUCUGUACUGUUUGCUAAGGCGCAAGAAGCAGCGUCAAGAGUUUCUCGAGGCAGGCCACGCGCGCCGGGCAAGUGGAGCAACCUCGGCCGAGAAAGGAGGUAUCGGAUACGCCAAUGAUAGCCUGCCCACCCCGACCAAUGGCGUGUUCAGGGGCCAUCAACACCAGGACUCGCACGCGUCUUUCUCAUCCAUGGCCAUUCUCAUGGGCAAGGCCCAUGGACAGAAGCAGACGGCUAUAGAACGCCAGCCAAGCAAGGACUCCAAGCGCAACUCUUCCGGCAGUAUUCUCAACUCAGCUUUCAAGAAGUCCAUCAGCAAGCCGAUACCUCAGACCCAAGAUGCGAACCCCUUCGCGGAUCCGAAUCCCUUCGCAGACCCCACUUCACCGAUCCGAACGCCUCUGCCCAUGUAUGAAAAGGGCGUGGCAUUCAGCGGGGAUGUCGCGGAGCCAAAGCCACGAAUUAACAAGCCGGACGGCCCAGAGGGUCCCCGGCGAUCAUCGGGAUGGAAUCGAUACUGGUCUGGAGGCAGCACGCUCAACAUACUGGGCUUUGGCAAUGGUGCCAGCAAGCGCACUUCGGAGGCCAGCAGCCGAUACUCUAGCUCGAAUGCGGCCGCGAGCAGGAUCACCCAGGACUCGGCUACGGUACCGCACCUCAACGUGGGUCACCUCUCAGGACCCAAGCCCGAAUUCAAUCGUGUCAACUCCGGCUCGCCGACCAUCUCCCAUUACACACCUCAUAAGGAGAUGCAGGGCAGGAUAGAGCGGCCCAUGAGCCAAGAGUCAGGAAGCUCGGGCUAUUCCUCCGGAAUCCCGGCUAGCGUCCAUGAGCAAUGGGACGCGACGGGUGGCAGCAAGCCAUGGGGCUCGGUCCUUGCGCCGAGCAGCGCCUACACCAGCGUCUACAGCACGGCACCCCCGCCGGCCAUGGGCUCCGACGCACUGAGGCCACCGCCAUUGCCGACUGGAGUGAGCUCGCAGCCGCAGCUGGCUAUGGCCUCGACCAGCUCCGACAUGAGCUGGCUCAACCUGGGUGACAACCGCCGCGCAUAGCCCAUGACCGCGACCUGCUGUUCCUUGUCUCGCUCCGACCUAUACUUCCCCUCCACGCCUUGUGGGAGGGAUCCAAAAGCCUAGGCAGGCCUCUCAGCAUCAUGGCUUUUACUAAAGAUCAUGCGACCUGACUUGACGGAUUCACGCCUUUCGCUUAAUACCUCUUUCGCCACCAUUCACCCGCGACCACUUCUACUCUUUGGAUCGCCUGUCACGAUUUUCAAGUACCGACUCGCACCGACUCCAGACAGCCUCGCCCUCUAGGCACAUGGCCACGUCACAACAAACACCCGUCUAUGUGCCUGGCACUAGACCAUGCAAUUUAUUUUCUUGUUCAUACGCAUCAGCCGGCAUGGAUCGGCGCAAACCUUGUUCUCUUCGUCUGUCUCAGGUAGCCUCUUGUCUGUCCACAUUUCGCUUCCUUUACCACUACUUUCAUUCUUCUUGUGCACAUACACCCGGACAUCUCUGGAGAUAUAUUCGUGUAAAAUUAGACUCAGCCACGGCAAGGUCACCAUACUGCCGGUCACUUCAUGAUACCAACCUAUCCCCAUGUCUCAUUUAACCCGUACCUUUUUUCCUAUUUAUUGUAUCAUUUCUUCUUUGUUUACUUCUUACCAUUCAUCUCAUCCCACAUUCAGGCCUUUUUUUUCUUCUGACUUAACUUUGGGUCUUCCUCCUCAUCGGACUUUCCUUCUUGUUAGCUCGGUGGCUGUUGUUGGUGUUAAUUUCUAUUAUGUCUUUGCGACUCUGACGUGUCAGAGUUGGCGAAGUACGGUGGUAGUAGGCUAGUUUGCUCGGGAACGAGAACGCGUUCGACCCCACGGGAACAAAAGGGGGUAGGCCAUUCUAGCGGCUAUACUGUAGGUUAUCGCGGCCAAUCGAGGCAUGUCUCGUGUGGGCAUUUGACAAGCAACGUAUUACCUCUCGUUCGAUGCCAUCCAGCAUCGUAACCCGCAGCUCGAGCGCGGCCAGCCAAGAUAAACAAAACCUAAAACAAAGAACAUUUCUUAGUGUAUUACCAAAACCUGGCUACUAUUGCACCAUCUUUUCUUAUGUCGAUCCUCAAC